AUGAUUCAAUUAAAAACCAUGCUCAACUGCAUCGACAACUCCGGCGCCAGCAUCGUCGAGUGUGCCAUGAUUGUCGGCCAGAAACGACACGCCUCCAUCGGUGACCGCAUCGUCUGUGUCGUCCAGCAACAACGUUCCGCGACCGGAGAGGGCAUGGCCUCCGCCAGCGCCGCCAACAAGGUCAAGCGUGGCGACAUCCGCCACGCUGUCGUCGUCCGCACAAAAUACAAGGUCCAAAGGACGGACGGAAGCGUGAUCAGAUUCGACGAUAAUGCUUGUGUACUGCUGAACAAGGGUGGUGAGCCCAUUGGGAGCCGGAUCAACGGUGUCGUGGGUCAGGAGCUGAGGAGGAAGAACUGGAGCAAGAUCUUGAGCAUGGCGCCCAUGCAUGCAUGAGCCACAGGUCACCAUCAAAAAAAAGGAGAAGAUUUAAUAUGACAUUUGGAGGUUGGGUCUGCGCCGUCUCUUCACACGAACGUUGGUAGUUUCCGCUCGGACGUGGUCACGAGGGAUUUCCAAGGGAAGAACGAAGAAGACGCGGGAGGCGAACCAUUCCAUCAAGUCCGGAUCAAAGAUGGGUGCGCAGAACAGUUUUUCGAUGCGCUGGCGGCACAAGGUAUAAGAAUGGGUGUCAAGAUGGCGGCGCUAUAUACCACCACUCAAUACUUGAUACAAGGGGCAUGGCAGGAGUUAACAAAAUCACAUGUAGUCUAUGAGAGCGAAUUCGGGGAAUAAAGGCCAAGCCUACAAUACAAUCACAACUAUGGC